UCCUCUUUUUUUUUUUUUUAAGGUGGCCGCAUGCCUGUUUUUCAACCCUCGGAACAAAGAUCUCUCGUAGACUAGCUUUAAGACAUUCUCGUUCUCAGCGUUUUCCCCUCGUCCCUUUCUAAACGACGUUCGCGCUCCUCUGCCGGCUGAUUUCGGCUCGUUCCCGAGCUGCACGUGCCUUUCGCUUUAAAAUCAAAUGGUUGCUUGAAAUCGGUUGUAGAAGAAUAACCGAAGCGCCGUGUGUUCUUAGGCUGCCCUGCGACGCACCGAUGUCAUUCUGGAAGUAGGCCCGGGAACCGGGAACAUGACGGUAAAAAUGUUAGAGAAAGUAAAAAAAGUUAUUGCUUGUGAAAUUGACCCUAGGCUUGUUGGGGAACUUCAGAAGAGAGUCCAGGGCACGUGUCUGGCAAACAAACUUGAAAUCAAGGUUGGAGAUGUCUUGAAAACAGAGUUACCAUUCUUUGAUGCAUGUGUGGCUAACUUGCCUUACCAGAUUUCUUCACCUUUUGUUUUCAAGCUGUUGCUUCAUAGACCUUUUUUCAGGUGUGCGAUACUCAUGUUUCAAAGGGAAUUUGCACUUCGUUUGGUUGCAAAACCAGGAACGAAGCUGUACUGCAGACUCUCCAUUAAUACUCAGUUAUUAGCUCGAGUGGACCAUCUGAUGAAGGUUGGAAAGAACAACUUCAGGCCUCCUCCCAAAGUUGAAUCCAGUGUUGUCAGAAUAGAACCAAAGAACCCACCACCACCUAUCAACUUCCAGGAGUGGGAUGGUCUGGUAAGGAUAGCCUUUGUUAGGAAAAACAAGACACUCUCUGCAGCAUUUAAGUCAAGUGCUGUAGAGCAGUUGCUGGAUCAUAAUUACCGAAUUCAUUGUUCCUUACAUAAUACAGAAAUACCUGAAAACUUCAAAAUUGCAGAGAAAAUACAGAUGGUCCUAAAAAAUACAGGUUACUCUGAAAAACGAGCCCGUUCAAUGGAUAUAGAUGAUUUCAUUAGACUGCUGCAUGGCUUCAAUUCAGAAGGCAUCCAUUUCUCAUAGAUUCUACUAGAAGAAUAAAAGAUGUUCUGUAUUUUGUCACAGAAGUCUUACCUAAGCCAGAGUGACUGCAACAGGACAAGCUCUUCUCACAAAAGCCAUGAACUAAGAAUAGAGUGCGCACACUCUGGUUCUUAUUAAAGCCUUACGUGCAGUUUUAUCACAGGUAGUAGGCAAGAAACUGCUGCUCUGUAUUUUAACAGCGCUAAAUUCUUUCAUGACUGAAGCGAAGUGCUGGAGUCCCAUGUGACAGCAUAUUUUUAACUACAUCAGAUAACAUGGAUUGAUGCUGCCGUAAUUGAAAUCUGCAUUCUCUGAUCAUGGACUUCAUCUCAGUAUAUUCUUGCACAGUCCUCAACAGUACAACCUGUAAGCCUGGUCUGGGCAACAAAACCAGAGUUGCGGUCAUUUCAUUUGUUCGGGAUUUUUUUGUUUGUUUUAAAGUGUAUUUAAACCCUUUGUUUUGAUUUGGAAUGCCUGUCUCUUCCAUUCGUUCUCUGGUAGCUACCCACAUUCCAGGUCUGUUAGUACUCUUGGAGAAAUCCCGGUAACUGUUUCUCAGAAACAAGAGCAUUUAUCUUGUAGGCUUGGUAUCAUUUACAAUAAUAUUAUUGAGGUACCUGAAACUACCAGUGUCAUCUCCUUUACCCCCUACUUACUGCCAUCAAACUGCUGUAGGAACCAGCAGAAAACUACCAAAGAACCAGUGCUUAUAUGCACAGACAGAAGGCAGGUUUUGUCAAGUGUAAAUUCAAGCAGCUGUUUUUAUAAGAAAACUAAUUCAGCCUUCAAGGCUGAAUUUUAAGGAGUUUUAGCAUAGAUCAAAGCUUUCAGUGAGUCUUAGAGCAAUGCAUGCCUGUGUCCUGGCAGAAAGACUUACUGAAGUGUCUUAAUAUAGUUUGGAUUAUAUGUAUUUGUUAUUAAGGACAAGGCAAAGUUUUCCCAAGGAGGUCUGCAUUAAGUGCAUAGCAGCUGUCAAAAGAAAUAUCCACUU